UAUUCUCAAUUUAGAGCUUGUUUUUAUUUUUUAAUACAAAGCAAAGAAAUUACAAAACUGUAUUCUCUAUUUUACAAAAUGAAUAAAGAAACAUAUCUCAUCAUUGUAAUUGGUAUAAGUAUGUGUUAUGCAAUGUCAACGGAAAAAAAUAAUAAAUUUACAAAAAUAAAACAUUAUAUUAAAGAAAAGAUAAGUAUGAAACCUAUGUAUAAGUCAUUGGAAGAUUCGCCACAAAUACUAGAAAGAAUUCGUAAUUCUAGUGAAUAUACUAAAGCAACGACUGUCUCUGUAGAUGAAUCAUUACACUCCAUAAUGCACUGUUUUCGUGAGAAAAAACUUUAUUUAACUUAUCAGAGAUUUAGUUAUAAAGAAUCUAAGAUAGAAAAUGGAGAAGUAAUUAAGGAGGUAAUGGAGAUAUCAGAUUCUGCAUUACUGAACCAUUUAAAAGAAUUAAAAAAUGUCGAGAUAAAUCAGGAUAAACAACUUGUUAAAAAUAAUUUGUCUUCGAUUGUUGAGAUAAUGUGUAGUAAUAGAGGAAAAAUUGAAGAAAUUAUAAAGUAUUGCAUAAAGGAAGUACAGAAUUGCUGUGAACAAUUUAUUAACAAUAUCAUAAAUAAUAAUAAAAGUUUAUAGAAAAAAUAUUUCGAGAUUAAUUUAAUUUUACAAAAAUUUGUAUAAGAAUAACUUCACUAGUAUUUUCUAAAAGUUAUAAAUUUUAUAAAAAUAAAUACAUUUAUGUCGCAAUAACAAAACAAUAAAUUUUUAGCUUCG